AUGUUCUUCCUACCCUGGGGUAACCGACCGAUCCUGAACAAGCCGAGGUCCUCGCCAGGUGGAGCACUACCGCCAGAUCAACCUUCGGAGCUGUGUCCACAAGCGCAAACCCUGCUUCCAGUACGGCACGCCAAGCUGGCGAAGAAGCUAGAGUCCGUCUAUGCUACGAAUGGCUACAAACUUAGAGCUUACAAGGCACUGGAGGGCGCUAUAAGGAUUCCGGAGAUAGGCUCGGAUCCAUUCUUGCUUCCUGUCCUUAUGACUGCACACCAAGAUGUUGUUCCUGUAGACAACUCCUCCGCAAAGGAUUGGGUACAUCCACCUUACUCGGGGUACUACGAUGGAAAGCAUUUGCAGUGGAUAUGGGGCCGAGGCAGUUGCGACGAUAAGUCAGACCUUGUUGCACAGUUGCAUGCCAUCAGCGCUCUGGUCGAGGCAGGUUUCAAACCAAAGCGUUCGUUUGUUUGGGCUUUCGGAUUCGAUGAAGAAGCUAUGACUGCCGCAGACAGCUAUGGCAGACCCUAUGGCGAUGACGUGAUCUUCGCCACGCCAUACCUCGCAGAGAAGGGCUACAUCGACGUUCGCAUCGAGGUCACCGCCAAGGGCGGACACUCUAGUGUGCCCCCACCGCAUACUGCUAUCGGCGUCCUCUCAGCCAUGAUUGUUGCCCUGGAGGAUCACCCACACGAAGCGCAGCUCAUCCGAGGAGGGAGCCCGUACAACUCGACCAUGUGCGCUGCUACGUACGGCCCCACGUUUCCCGAGGAUCUACGCCAUUGGUUCAAGAAAGGAGGACGACAGCGUUGUGCAAGAGACGCAGAUACCCUCGAGGAGCUCAAGGAUGCGCUCAUUGAGACUUUUCCUCAAUAUAACGCUAUCCUCCGCACUACGCAAGCCGUCGACCUCGUUUCGGGCGGCGUUAAAGUAAACGCACUUCCCGAGCUCGCAGCUGCUGUCGUCAACCAUCGAAUUGCCCAGCAUGAAUCACCCGUCGAUGUCCAGGCGCACAUCAAACACGUACUUUUCCCCGUUGCAGAGCACUUCAAUCUCACCAUGGACGCGUUUGGCUACUGGGAACCUGCGGGAGACGGCAGCGGAGGACACGUCAAGCUCACCGACGCUUGGGACGCUAGCUUGGAGCCAUCACCGGUCACUCCCACGGGCCCAGAAGACCCGUACCAGAUCUUUGCUGGGACAAUCAAGGCGACGUUGGAGAGCGCCGAGGCCUACAACGCAACUGGAGUGGUGGUUGCGCCCCAGCUGAUUCUUGGGAACACCGACACUCAAUAUUACUGGGGCCUGACAAAAAACAUCUUUCGGUACAGUCAUUUGAGCAAUGAAGAUUUCUACAAUGGUUUGCAUACAAUUAAUGAAGCUGUGAGAGGGGAGGCUUGGAUUCAGUCAAUUCGCUUCUAUACUCAGUUCAUUCUGAACUGCGACGAGCACCUGAAAGUCGGUAACUUCUAG